AUGGAUUUGGGAGAGCACAAUUAUACCGUCGUGUUUCAGUUUGAGAAAGAGUGGCGCGAGCAGAAGUUUUUGAAGUAUAUGUUAGAAAGAUGGACAGACUGUUUUUUAUAUUCGGCCUUGUAUGUUAUCGUCGUGUUUGGCGGUCAAUCGUUGAUGAAGAAUCGACCACGGUAUGAGUUACGCCGGUUUCUAGCCCUAUGGAGUGGUGUUCUAGGCCUUUUCAGCAUCGCCGGGGCCAUCAGGACGUGGCCGGAGCUGAUUUCAGCCAUCAACAAUCACAGUUUGCAGUAUUCAGUUUGUGUCCCUACCUACUUCAAAGGCGUGACAAGUUUCUGGGCGUUCAUGUUUACCGUUUCCAAGUGUCUGAGAAAACAGCCUCUGAUAUUUCUUCAUUGGUACCACCACGUUACAGUUUUAAUCUACGUGUGGUACAGCUACACGGAUCAUACUGCUCCAGGAAGAUGGUUCAUGGUGAUGAACUACACGGUACACGCUUUUAUGUACACAUACUAUGCACUUCGCGCCUUACAAUUCCGUAUGCCAAAAUACGUGAACAUUAUUAUAACAACACUGCAGCUGACACAGAUGAUCAUUGGCGUUCUCAUCAAUAUUUGGAUCUACCGGAUCAAAGGAAGAGGAGAAUUUUGCCAGCAGACGUAUGAGAACUUGGCGUAUUCUUCGGCAAUGUAUUUCACAUACUUUGUAUUGUUCGCACAUUUCUUUUAUACAACGUAUCUGUCAAAGAAGUCUGUUGGACAGAAAAAGGUUGAUUAA